AACACUAACAACUGUAAGAAAGUGCAGCCACUCUCUGCGUCUCUGCGGGCAUAGCUCUGGGACGGAACAGAAAAGCGCACUGGCGGCCACACAUUACGCGCAACCAACACUGCGGAACUUUGUACAAGAACUGCGAAGAUAACCGAAUCCCAUUCAUUGGGAGGAUUAUUAUUAUGUGCCCAAAAGCCGCUACUUCAUGCUGAGCGUCAUCUGUCGCCGCUUGAGUGUCCAGGGACAUGAAACUCAGUCCACAACAAGCUCCACUAUAUGGCCGGUGUGUUAUCACAGUGCAGCUCACUGAUGAGGAGCUGGCUGUGGCAGAGGAGAAGCACAAGUUCUUCCUGCUCUUCAGUGGAAGUACAAAGAGGCACCUGACCAGCACCCACCGGAGCGGCCAUGACACCCUACAGGCCCUAUGUCCUGCUCAUGACUGCUGUGAGGCUGUGCUUGUCACGCUGUGCUCCAUCAGUCCAGCAUCAGAGGACUGGGUUGGUCAUGUGACUCCUCUGGCCGAGCACCGCUUCUGUUUUGUCCAGGACUUGGCCUUUGACAUGGCCCAGUUUCUGGUGAGCACUGCAGGGCGGACUGAUGGCCUGGAGGGGGCGCUGUUGCUGGACGAGUGUCACAUUCCUCUGAGGGAGUGUGAACGCUUGGAUGACAGCCUCGCUUUGGCUCUGCACCACCUAAUACUGCCCCCAGGAUGGAGCUUACUGGGCAGCAAACUGUCCAACAGCACAGACUUGGACCCUCAGGAGACUUUGCUGCACUUUUCGGCCCGUCGAGGUCUAUUUCAAGUGACUCAGUUUCUGCUACAACAGCCUGGAGCAAAAGAAGCUUUGCGACUGACCAACAGACAAGGAUACACUCCUUCAGCCAUUGCAGCCUUGAAAGGCCAUGACUGCCUUCAAGAGCUCCUUAUUAGGGCUGAGAAGGACAUAGAGACGUGCAACCAGACUGAGACUGUACAGCUGGUCUCUACAGACGCCCAGUUAGUUUGCCACCUCCCUCGCCUGAGCACCCACACUCUUACCCUGAGCAUCGUACCAGGCCGCGACCCUCCAAGCAUUCAGAGAAGCGUAGAACAGCUGCUGCACUUGAUAUGUCAUCUUCAUGCCAAGGGAGUUUCUACACUAGAGCUGCAGUUUGACUCUCUGCACACGGCUGCCGAAUGCUGUGAGGAUAUAGAGACUGAGAUAACCUCAGUGGAGCGACUACACACUGCCACAGCACCAGAGUGCCUGGAUAAAAGAAAACAAGGGAGUGGGAAUGAAAACUGUUCCGCGGGAAGCAGCCAGAGCAUUGCUGACUGUGGACAUGAUGAGAAUGGGAAUUCAGAAAGAGACUGGAGCUUGUGUGGGGGGACCCCAGAGGUAGAAAAACCUGAGGAACCUGGCCUUAGCCCCUCACUGAACUGGGUGUGCCGUGCUGCAAAUGCUGGGAGUGAUUACCAGAGAGCAGAGGAAGAGGGAAGGCAGUGGCCAGCCUCCUCCACUCAAAGUCUGUGUGAUAGGAGUGGAACACAUGAGGAGACAGUGUGUGUGGGAACCGUGCCUCCAGCAGCCUGUGGUAAACAGGGAGAAGACACUGAUACGAGAAACACUGGGAUCCAGGAAGGACAGGAGGCCACGGAGAGGAGAGAGAGAUCUGAGCAGGAAGCUGAGCACAGUAGAGACAGAACACAUGGUACAGAGGAGACCGAGCUUGCUGAACUAAUAACAUCCAGUGAAGCCACAACUGCCUCUCCAAUGGGCCUAUCCCCUUCUACUGAAUGUUCUGAUAUGUCUGAUACAUCUGACUGUGAAUUAAAGGACAAAGAGGAAGAAGACACGGGUGAGCCCAAUGUAAGAGAAGAGGAGAAAGAAGACACCAAAGAGUUAACUGACUUUAGCUGUGCCUCGGAGGACCAAAGCCCACCACUGACAGACUGCAAUGAUGUAAUCGCAGUGUGUGAUAGUGCUUUUCCACCUCUCCUGAUAGAGGGCCUCCAUGAGGGGGAACCUCCACCCCACACAAACAGCCUGGAACAAAACCAGGAAACAGCUGGUAGGGAUUAUGCUCUGGAGCAGCAGUGGGGCUUGACUCCAGAAACAGGUUGUCAUUCUGGGAAUUGUACCGGGAUUUCAACUGGUGAAGAAUAUGUUCAGUGCACAGAGGAUACUUCUGCUGAAAUUGUGCAUGUAAUUCAAAGCACUGAUGUGCCUACAGAGGAACUAAACCACCUGGAAGAAACAUCUGUCUCUGAUUUUCAGACUGAUAUCUUUUUGGGACCAUGUCAAAUUGUGCCUAACACUGGAGUGACACCACAUGCUCAUGUGGAGCUGGAGAUGAUCCAUGUUACAUCUAGUGACGAUGAUGCCAGUUUUCAGUCAGUGGGAAGCUCAACAACUGACAUUUUUCAUCCAACGGACCAAGCUCGCACUGAGGGACAAGGACUCAGGACUGAAGAGCGACUUGCUGAGAAGUCUUGUGACAUAGAUUCACUCACAGUGGGUGUAGAGCUGCCUUCAGAGUCUGCCAUUGUCAAUACUCGGACAGUGCCGGACUGCAGCCAGACUGGAACUGGGCCUGGACAUCAACUGUCACCCAGUUCUCACACAAUGAAGCCUUUGAUUGUUGAGGCCAAAGAAGGCGAACUGUCCCCCAACCCUUCCACAGAGGAGUUGCUAGAGGAGCCACAGGCUGAGAACUGGGUUUCAUCAGCAAUAAAAGCUGAUGAUAGCCAAAAUGCAUUUAACAGCUCAGACAAAAAUGUGUUUACAGACAAUUCAACAUCAGAAGUUGAACAUGUCUCUCUAGCUCCAACUCUUGCAGUAUCUAAUUGUGACAUUAAAGCUUUGCAAAACUGUGAAACUACUGCAUAUGAAAUCAAAGAUACAAAUAUGACAAAUGAGGAAUUACCACAUUCAGGGAAUACCACUAUAUUAUCCAUGCCUUCUGAUGGUCUGGAUGACAUUUCAACCAGAACUUUUUCAGCCCAGUUAAACAGCAGCGUGACCAGUGUACCUGAUAGGGAAGAGGGAUUAUUGACCCACUCUCUAGACUGUGUGGAUGGUGCUUCAGAAUUACAGGACAGCCCGACACAAGAUGUGGAGGAUAAUGUAGCAGACGACGAAGGCAAUGACGCUGCUGUAGAGAAUACUUCACUGAUCCACCGAGACAGAGAGGCGACUUGUGGGCCAUGCAACGCUCUGCAGUCAGAAUCUCCCCAGACUUUUGUGCUACCAACCCACAGUGCUACGAGCUGCCCGUCCACAAAUCACAGAGACUCUGGCAGCGAUUUAGAGAGCUUCAUCACUGCAGAGUCUGGAUAUGACGGCGUCCUCAGAAAGAGCGAUGAAGCUGUGACUGGAGGGGACAGUGCCAGUGAGGUGUCAGUCUCGUGCUCCUCCACAGACGACACUGCCAGUAUCGGGCCGUCCAGCUCCAGCCCUGAGGGGAGCCAGGGCCUGGGCCACUGCCACUGGAGCCCAGAGGAGAGGCUAAAAGCUGGGCCCAACACCUCUGACAGCAUUGCAGGAGAGGCUGAAGAAGAAGCCAAAGACAGGGUGACAGAGGUGCCACGGCGCUCCUGUCUGUUACGAAACAGCCGUCGCUCCAUCUCACCUCUGCGCCGUCACAGCUGGGGCCCUGGCAAAAACUACACUGGAGGCGUGGAGAUGAACCGCAGCUACAGCCUGGAGGGGCUGAGUGGAGUGCAGGGGGAACUGAGAGGUUCUUCCAGGCAGAGCCCACAGAUCCUGGAACCUUCAGGUACCCAUAAUAAUGACAGCGAUGAACGAGGAUCGCUUAUGUCACUGACUGAGGAGCCAGAGGAGAGGGUGCAGCUCCGUAGACUGGACAAAAAGAAGUCACAACGGUAUCUGCCCAUGCGUAACAGCUGUCCUCCCAUGACCCUGCCACUCACCAAAUCUGUAUCAAUGCUUGCCAUCAGCAACCGAGACAUUGAUGGCAUGCGGCCGUUUUCGUGCACUGCAGGAUCACUAGCCUACAGUAUAUCUGAGGAGGAGCCUGGCCCUCUCCGCACUGAUAUGGAAGAAAAGAAUUUGACAAAAGUCGGCCGGACCUUCAGCUACCUCAAAAGCAAAAUGUACAAAAAGACCAGGGAAAAGGAGCGGGAGAAGAAGGAGAAGGAAGGCAAGGAAAAGGACAAGAAGUCCACAAACGGUCAUGUGUUCAGCUCUGUGUGCUUGUCCCAGUCCAGCCAGUGCUCCCAGUGCAAUAAGACGUUUACCAGUAAAGAGGCUUACCUCUGUGCUUACUGUAAUGCUUCCGUCCACAAAGGCUGCCGAGACAGCCUCCCAGUCUGUUCCAAGGUGAAAAUGAAGUUACCCAAACAGCAGUUAACAUUACCAGACUCAAGCUCAUUUCCUACAGUCACCAUGAGAAACAAAACUGGUGCUACAAGGGAACGUCCGUGGUCAGCCAUCUUGUCACCUGAAGACCAUUCCUCCCUGAUGAUCCCAUCUCGGAGACAAACAGCCCUUAUGUUUCAUGGAAACAACCUCUCUAAAAGUCUUUCCAUAAGCAAUAUUGCUGGUCCUGUGUUUGAUGAAAUGCCUAUACGGACCCUGCGCUACCUCUCUCAGUCCACUGACUCUCUGAACAGAACCAACCAAGUCACAGAGUCCAUGGAGUCGCUCACAGAUGAAGGCACAGAGAUGAUGGAUGGGCAGCUGAUGGGCGAGUUUGAGGCUGAUGCCAAAGAGCUGGAGGCUGACUCAUGGAGUUUAGGAGUGGACCAGCACUUUCUACAACAACUUGGCAAAGAUCUGGUCAAACGACAAGACAUUAUUUAUGAGCUGAUGCAGACAGAAAUGCACCACAUUCGCACACUGCGCAUUCUGUCCGAAGUGUACAGUAAAGGCCUGCAGAAGGAGGUCCAGCUGGAGGCUCACACACUGGACAGACUGUUCCCUGCUCUAGAUGAACUAUUGGACUUACACACACAAUACCUGCUACGGCUACUGGAGAGGAAGAGGGGCUGUCAGCAGGAGGGAGGGUCUACAGACGGAGCAGUCAUUAUCCACAGUAUAGGAGACAUCGUACUUAGUCAGUUCUCAGGGCCCAAUGGUGAGAGCAUGAAAAGGGUCUAUGGAAAAUUUUGCAGCUGUCACAACGAAGCCGUCAAUUUCUACAAAGAUCUUCUGACAAAAGACAAACGUUUCAAGACCUUUAUCAAAAAAAAGAUGAGUAGCAGCAUAGUGCGGAGGCUUGGUAUCCCAGAAUGCAUCUUGCUAGUGACCCAGAGGAUAACAAAGUACCCCGUUCUCGUCCAGAGGUUGUUGCAGCACACUAAAGAGGGCAGUGAGGACUUUGAAGAUCUGACUGAAGCUCUUCGGUUGGUGAAAGAGGUGAUUGCCGCUGUGGAUGAAAAGGUGAACGAGCACGAAAAGAGGCAGCGGCUCAAAGACUUCCACAGCCGCAUGGACACAAAGUCCAUCAUGAUGAUGAAGAGCGGGCAGAUCUUUGCUAGAGAGGAUCUCCUGAGGAGGAGGCUGAUUCACGAUGGACCACUACAGCUCAAAAACAGUCAGGGGAGACUGAAAGAAGUCCAUGCCUUACUUUUAUCUGAUGUCUUCGUCUUCCUACACGAAAAGGACCAGAAAUAUGUUUUUGCCAUGCUGGAUCAGCGCUCCACAGUCAUCUCCCUCCAGAAGCUGAUUGUCAGGGAGGUGGCCAACGAAGAGCGCGGCCUCUUCCUCAUCACAGCAGGCAUCGAGAAGCCAGAGAUGAUGGAGGUGCUGGCCAGCUCCAAAGAUGAACGCAACAGCUGGAUGCAGAAGAUACAGGAGGCUAUGCAGUCCAUGGACAAAGAUGAAGAUGAAGGAAUUCCUAGUGAGACAGAAGAUGACAAGAGACAAUUGGAAACCAAAGCUCGUGAGAUGAGAGAUCUGCUGAGGCAGAAGGACACAGAGAUCUUGUCUCUGCUGGAGCAGAAGGUGCGCCUCUUCAGGGGCAUGUGGGAGGGUCUGAGCUCUGCAGAAGAGAGCAGUCGGCAGGUGGGGCCUUUCUUCAGGUCAGACAGCAGCCAGGAGCCACCCCGGGGGACAGCCAUCAUGAAGGAUGCACUUCAGGAAGUGGAGACAUUACAGACUCUGGUGAACGGCAGUCUGGGAGGGGCCAUGGCCAGUAUCCAGGAGGGAGGAGGAGUGGGGCCAGUGUGCUUGCCCCGCCGUGCCGAGACCUUUGGAGGCUUUGACAGUCAUCAGAUGCUCAGCAGUAAGAGUGGAGACAAAGAUGAAAACCUGGAGACAGCAGGAGAUCUUCGCAGGACGGAAUCUGACAGUGUUCUCAAGAAGGGAGGAAAUGCUAACCUUCUGCUCAUGCUGAAAAGGAACAGUGAGCAGGUUCUCCGUAGUGUCUCCAAUCUACAUCUCCUGCUUAGCUCCCUACAGGCAGUGGUGGUGCAACAGGACAGUUUCAUAGAGGACCAGCGGCAGGCCCUGAGUGAGCGCUCGUCCUCCUCUCUGUCUCUGUCUCGGCCCUCCUCCAGACCCAGCUCUCUGAUCGAGCAGGAGAAGCAGCGUAGCCUGGAGAAGCAGAGACAGGAGCUGGCUUCCCUGCAGAGACAACAGGCUGCUCACGCAGACGAGAAGAGGAGGAAGGAGAGGGAAUGGGAGCAGAGGGAGCAGCAUCUCUCUGACAGGGAGGCCCUCAUGCAUGUACAGGAGGAGGAGAUCCUACAGCAGCACAAUAAGCUGGAGCAGGAGAAGCAGGAGCUGCAGAACAGAAAAGAGGAGUACCAGAGGGACCUGGAGAGACUGCGAGAUGCCCAAAGGAAACUAGAGAGAGACAGGGAGGCAGUGCAGAGACAGCUCCACAGGAUGGACGAGCUGCGCCUCGCGGAGAGAACUCCCUCUACAACUUCAGAUGAAUCGCAGCUCCUUGGCAGCUCUCAGUCUUUGGAGCUGGACCCCCUGGAUUUCAGCUCUGUGCCUCGCCAGCAGCCUCAGAGGCAGAGCAAGUCUAAGGGGAAAGGACUCAACCCGUUCACCUCCUCUUCAAACUCAAGUUGUAAAAACAGUGACGCUAACAACCAGCUUUCCAGAAGUCUGCUGCAGCUGACCAAGAACAAGGGCAAAGAAGGCAAGGACAAGGACAAGAAGAAGAAGAAGAGCAAGGGGACUCCAUCAGCAGACGGUCAGCACCUGCAAGAGGGGCCUCUGGAUGGAGAGAUUUUCUUUUGCUAAAGACCUUAAAGCUAGAGCAUAUGAGCGCCUUCAGGUGGACAGGUGGAAUGAGAAACAUUUACGACAUUAGGAGUGAAAUUGCAGCACAAUGCAAUGCAAAGAACAAACUAUACUUUAUUGUAUUCUAUGAGAAUAUUGUUUAUCCAAAAUAACCAUCUUUGGUCCUCUCCUCCACCCCCCUGUCUCUAUUUUAGUCAGUGGAAGUUUAUUUUCAAUGAUUUUUCAGGAUGCAGAAUGGUCAAAAUUUCUCCAUAGUGACUACAUGAAAUCCUGCCCACCAUGUGAUAUCAAUAUAAAUGCACUUUGAUGUUUGGUAAAACCUUACUUACAAUCGUUAGGUAUUUGUUUACGAAUUAAGUCAUUCACCUUUAAAAACCUCCUCAUUUUUCAAAGAUUAAGUUACAAGGCUAUGACUGAAACCCCAGAUAAAUCCUGUGCUUUGCAAAUCUGUUUUAUCUGUUUUUAUUACAUUUUUUAUCCUAUUACUCCUUUGCUUUCAGAAAAUCGGCUUUUGUCAUCUAAUUGAAUCUGAUUUGUAAGCUGAAUAGAAGCGUUCCAUUUAGAAACCUUUCCUAACAACUUUAAAUCAUCACUCAUGCUUCUUGACGAGUAUUUAAUGUUUGAAUUAUGGAUAUAUCAUAGUGGACUGAAGCUCUACAGAUGUGCAUGUCUAUUUUUCAGACUCAACAGCAAUGAAAGGACUGAGACAUAUCUCUGGGUGUCUAAUGGCUCCAUUCAGAUCCUUGAGCGUGUUGUGGAGCCUUGGAUGAGUAUUAGCCUGAUCCGCACUUUAUCUGCCUGUCAGAGGGCUUUUAUGUGGCCGUCAUCUUUCAUCUGAGUCGGGGCUUUGCUUCAGUUUUUAAUUGCAUGUAACGCCGCAGGUCGCAUACUAAUGCUGUCUCAGUCUUUUAAAAGUUCAACUGUUGUUUGCAACCUCCAUCUUUGAUUUGUGGUAAUAGAGUCUGUACAUGCACAGUGAACAUUUCAUCAAACAGUGUUAAUUAAAGAUAAAACCAAAGUUAGAGGAGAUGAAACGGUAUAUUAACUGUUAAUAUGAAAUGCCCCUGUUAAGAUCUGCUCUGUAGGUGCAACUGAAUUCACACUGUAAAGCAGUCAGUGUUGCUGAACACUUUGGCCCUUUUAAUUUAAAUUUUAAUUGGAAUAGAAUGUAAUGUAUAAAUGUGGUUAUGGUUGAAAAUUUUCAUUCUUUUCGUUUAGCAACAUUUAAGAAUAACUUGCAUGUUGCAAGUUUUUAACAUAAACAAAUGUAUUGAUCUUACUGGGAGAAGUCUGAAUGUCUUAUGUAUAUGUAUUAUCCAGCUCCACUUUACUGGAUGUACCCCCACCGUACAAAUGAUUACUUAUACAUUUACCAUAAACCUUGUAGGAGUGGAACAUGAAUUAAGAUGGGUUUAGACCGUCGUGAGACAGGUUAUUUUUACCCUACUGAUGAUGUGUUGUUCCAAUUGUAAUUCUAGAGUAUUACCAAUAUUCCAAAAUUCACAAUAUACUCCGAAAUAUACAUACAAUAUACAAAACACUUGAAUGGUGAAGAGUAUGACUAAAAUGUACAAGUUACGUUUGAAGCCACUUUCCGCCUGCUGGUCGGGCGGCAUACACAAAGCAGGCUCAGUAUCACAGAGGCAACAGUGGACUACAGAGCAGCCUGACACUAAACCUCUUCUCUGUUCUUUUUGUAAGUGCAGUUUGUUAACUUGCUGUCUUUGUGAAGAAUUGUUCUUCUGGUCUUGGCUGGUUUAUUACAGUGGUGUCUUCUAAGAGGCUUACAAGGCCAGCCAAUUAGUUGCUCCAUGUCUUCUGUUUAUGGGUAUUGCUGUAAUCCUGUCAAAGAAACAAGUCAAAUUCAUUUUCUAAAACAAUGUCUCCUUGUGGCCAAUAUGUGGCACUGCAUCUACUAAAACUCAACUUCCCUAAAAGUCUGAAACAAUUUAAUUUGUUCUUUUUAAAUAUGUAAUUCCCGCUGUGAGAAAUUGUCAUAUUUUUCUCAGCAGGUCAUUGCCGCUUUGCAGAUAAUGUGAUGAGCGUGGGCCCUGUGCUCUGUGACAUUUCUCCCACACUGCAUUUGUAAUUGACUGUGUGAAACAAAUAAGUUGUCACAGUUGUAAUUGGUUAUUCAGUUGAAAUCAGUCCAAUAUGUAAGGGCUCUGGGGGAUGUCUAUGUACGCGACAAUCACCAAUAGAAUGGACUCCCUCCCCCACCAUGAUAGCUCUGUCUGUGAGAUGAGUGUGUCCAUCUCCUCAUAGCCUUAAAUCAGGACCAUAAAAUGCACUAAAGCAGAACCCAUCUUCUCCAAGGAGGGAAGACAUUAGAUUUUUUUUUUUUUUUACCGCUGCGAAGAAAAGACGGAAAUGUUUUUGUACCAUAGAAAGAGGUACAUAAAACAUUCCAAAUCAUCCUGUAAAAAGGGCAAUGUGUAUAUACGAUUCAUGUACAAAUCAUAUGUAAAAAUGAAUUGUUUUGUCAGUGAUUUAUUUUGUAAGAAUGCUUUAUUUAUGUUUUAUCGUCAGCGUGACGGACAAUGUAAAAAUGAUGCAUAUUUCUCAUAAUAAAACAUGUCACAAUUGAUUA